UCUACUCUGCAAACGACAGCUCGCAUUUCGACGUUCGAGCAUGCUACAAAACAUCGAUAGACAUGCUUACACAGUCAAAUGAAGCGGUGGCAAGAUUGUGGCGAGGUGGAGGAUUCUGAAGACGAUGAACUCGAACUGAACCUAUCUUCUCCAAGCCCGGAACGACCUAUAAAACGCGUGAGGCAGAAAGAAGAUGCGGCCGAUGCCCAGGACAACUCCGUUGCGCCUUUUGCAAUCGAAGAUGGCGCCGACGACGAGGACGAGAUCGCGUGGCUGCCUGCGAAGGUGGCAAACACCUAUGGACGAAAAGGGAAGCUAACACGGCCAUCACGACGAACUCGAGCGACCCCGGCGAAAGCCUCAAAGCGCGAAGCUUCGAAUUCACCAUCGCAAGGUGGGCCGCCAUCUUCUGGAGAGCGAUCGGACUUCGGGAGCCCAGACUCUGCUCCAGAAGCGGCCGCUCCAAACAGCAUUGUAGGACAAAUCCCUGCCUCUCAAGGCGAAGCAUCCAAAGCCAUUCUUGCAACGAGGACGACGCACGAACAGACGCGCACGAUCAGUCCACAACCUUCUGCAGCCCCCACGCCAGCUUCGAAGAGGUCUCCGGCUCCGACCAGUCAAAAGGACUCGUCUUCAGUGAGGCCCGCGUCCACGUCGUUGAUCUUCGGCGACAACGUCAGCUCGACACAAAACAGCAGUCAAGAAAGUCUUCCCGAUGCGCGAGAGCUGUUCGCAGCUGCAAAACCAAGACUCCCAUCAGCUGCACCCUCGUCACCUUUGAGUGAACGCGAAGUCUCGCCACCGGCAUAUUUUGAACAGCGUAAUGGGCAGAUUGUGGUCAACAAGGCUAAGGCAGUCUCCGGAAGCUUGGAAGAUGAGAACGCAGUUCACGAUGAGAUACUGCGAAACUCCAUGCUCGUUCACACACAAUCAGAAACGACGACCGGACGACGAAGUCUGCGAGCUCGGAAGGAAAUCCAACUGCAUCCGUACCUGAUCGACAAAGCUAAGUACCAGAGACAGUGCAAGGAGCGUGGUAUCAAGCCAGUGCGUCUCAUUGACGCAGAAGCGCCGGAGGAGGAAAGCCAAGUGCUCGACAGUAGCCAGCAAUCGCCAGUUGAACCACAGUCAUCAAGCUCAGGAGGACUGGACGACGCCUUGAACUCACGGCCCAAGGCUUACGUCAGGCUGGCUUCACUCAGAAAAGAGCAAUCUGUUGCAGAGUUUGCUACCGAACGUGCGGCCAAGCGAAGAAGGAUUAGUCAAGGGAAAGGUCGUUCUGCCAGACUUGAUAUGCUGGAUCCAACACGCUCAACUCUUGGUACUCAACGAGACAGUUUCUCAGUUCCUCCAUCCCCUCCGCAAACGUCGAGCGAGACUAGCACUCCAGGACCACUGAGACAGCCUAUGCAACAGACAGCUUCUGGUUUUCAGCGUCCUCGUGGAUUGAGCCCUGCGCCGCUACCAACGCCACAUUUCUCGUCCGAAGUCAAAAAAGGUCAAAUCAACGAGAAUGCCUCCACAGAAUCGGUUUCGAGACCUCGCGGCUCACGCAACCGAACACACAGCCCUGAUGCUUUGUCGAGCGCCGAGGAACGGGCGACGUCUGGGUCAGAGGCCGAGUCGGAAAGCGAGGUGCUAGCACGACGAUUGCGUCGCGAGCAAAAGCGCAUCAGAGGCGUUCUACCUGCUUCGUGGCUGAGGAUCGACUUCAAAGCACAAAAACCCAAACCGAUUGCACUACUGACAGGGCAUCGGGUCAGCUCGACCUCACCUGAGCGCUGGACACCACAGCGCGGUGUUGCGCAGAAGAUCACGUCAACUCACCGGAAAGCUAACGAUGCCGCUGCCGUGAACAUGUUGUCUGAUGAUGGUGGUGAUUCGGAUGAUUCAAUACAGUUCAUACGUGCAGAGCCGAAACAGUCGCACUUGGCAUUCGAUGCAGAUCGUCUUACCGUUGCUCCGAGCGAGACCGUCGAUGAUGAUACCAUGGAGAGCGAUUUUGUAGAUGCAAUGCUGGCUGGCCGUCCUCGUUCAACUAAAGCCGAAAAAACGAAAUCCCGACAGCCACGCAUCACCGACAAGUUUCGAAAAAGUGCAGGAAAUGCAGACAUAUUCUCAGGGGAGCGGGAAACGCGCAAGCAAAGCGGUAAUGCUCGUGGUAUGAGAGGGGGACAAGCGAGGACAUCGAAGAAACCACGGCGUGCCACUGUACGGUUGAGCAUUGCUGAUGCUGCAAGUCCCACAACGUCGUCGGAUGCCGGCAUGCCACCAUUUAUUCGUCUUGCAAAGAGGCAGGCAAAGAGGCUCCCUGAUCGAGGUCGACAUUCGCCAUCAAACAAGAUCAUCCACCUCGCGACCGCCGACGAUACUCGCGAGGCUAUGUCGGUCCUGCGUUCAUGGCAAGACGGCACCCUGGCACCUCGACAAGAUGGAGUUCAUACGCAGCCUCAAGGAGAUCACUCUCAUGGCGACGCAGACGCCGGAGAUGCAUUACCGAGUCCAAUGACUGAGCGGCAGCCUCUGAGAGUAGUUUCUGGAAAUGCGGACCAGCCGCAUGCUUUACCAUCCGCUCGGAAAAUGGCAACGCGGCGUAAUGAUGCCCGGAAAACAAGUAUGCGCCAAACGCAACGCGCACGCGGCACACCACAAGUCCGGCGACCUUCAGGUAGUGGAGCAGAUGUCACUCAACCAACAAGACGAGCAGUUGUGCCUUCACGGCCAGUUGUCUUGCGACCAGUGCAGCUCGAGUCAUUACAGCAUGAUUUUGAUGAGCGCCAUCGAGCAGCUGUGUUUGAGCGUCGAAUGCAGUGCUUGACUGAGAGUGUUGCUAUGCGCGGGCGACGACCUCAUACUACCGAUUUCCAGCUUGCGAAAUACUUUGCGCAAGAAGACAGCAUAUCACCUACAACUGAACACGACAGCCUUGCUGCAGCUGAUCAUAUACCGCUAGCAUCGGACGAACAACCAAAAGUUUUGCUCCCGCACAGGCGAAGAAAGCGGCAAGCUCGAAAGCUUGAGGUCGAAGAGCAUCAGCAUUGGCAAGGCGACGAUGCGGUCAUUGACUUCGUAGAAGACGUGGUCGAAGUAGAGCCCGUGACUGACAUCUCGAAACCUGUGCUCCAAGGACUAGGUGCGUUCGGAACUGGUUAUCCUGUUGAUUUCGACGUCAAGCAGUUGCCGCCUCGACCCUUGUUUGGACCAGACAGCUUCAUUGGGAGUGGUGACUUCUACGAUGCGAUAAAUCUGGCAUCUUUAAGCCUAGAUUCUCCGCGCAAUCACAUCAGCGUACACUUGGACCGAUCGAUCGUUUCAUGGUCAGCUUGGAACGAGGAAGUCGCCACAUCAUUCUCAAGAAUACCUGCGGUGAUCCGAGAAGCAUUGAGUAAAUGCCAUGCUGGGUCAGCAGGGGCAAGCAUUCCUGCAGAGGUGAAUGAGUCAAUUGCCUACCUUCUGCGCUCUGUUGUACGGUACUGCUCCAAGUGCUUGUACUUCGAGGACCCAGUCGAUCGCGAUGAAUGCGUUCAAAGUCUUCAACGCCUCAUUGGGGAGCUGGCGGAAGCCAUUGCAGAAUGUCAUGCCGAUGCUGCACUCAUGCAUGAUACAUUCUCACUUGUCAUGCAGUAUCAGGUUGUCUUAGCGGCUCAGGCGGUCCAGAUCAAUGCCAGACCGAACGUGCAUCGGCAAACUGGGCCACCAUUACUGGGACUUCUAGAAGGGUCCGCCAAAUCUCUCGCAAAGCACGCUUUAGCGGGCAGUUUCGAUGUCCUUCGAAACUGGUGCCAGGUAAUGCGAACGACCGAAGACUGUAUCGAACACUCUGCCGCGACUACGAUCAUCAUCCUCGCCCACACAUCGCGUCAUCUUGGACAUAAUUCUACUGUGUGGCAGACGAUUGGGGAAGUCCUGGACUCGGACAUCCACAGCAUGAUUAGCGUCAAGGACCUUGACGGAGUCUGGCACAACCUGUUUACUGUGCUUCCUGUAUUAUACAUCGAUGCCAGAGGGGUAGUUGAGCGGAAUCCUGACUCCAUGCCGCUACAAGAAGACUGGACAAUUGUUCGCAAAUUGCUACAGCGAGUCUUCGAGCUUUACGAGAACACAAGCCACGUUCGGGGCUUCACUGCAAACUCAUAUUUGCGCACUCUGUUGCAUCGCUGUCACAGGCUGGUCGACAAGUGGCCGUGGGCAAAGUGCGAGAUGAUGCUCUACAGCAUCUACGACUUCUUCUCUAAACAAAGUCGAAUGCUGCUGAAGAAUGAGGAAUGCAAAGGCUCGCCACAAUUCCUUGAGGAGCUCAAUCUUUUGCCGUCACUGGACAUUCAGCCCGAUGACUUGUCAUUUCACAUCUUUCUCAAGACACUGGUCAAAGGGCUGGUGGCGAUGCGCGAGCGAAGUGUAUACAAUGAUAGGAAGAUCGGCUCCAGCAUCACAUAUCGCAUGAUUCCGACCCAUGGGCGCACGUAUCCGAAGGAAAAGGACAUGCAGCAGAGCGAUGUCGAUGCCCUUCGCAACCAUCAUGACCUUCUGUGCACUCUAUACUAUGCCUCGCCUCCGGGAUAUCGGCCUGGCGUUGAUAUACUCAGAAACCUCGUAGACCACGCCAACUGGCAUCGCAAAGCAUGUCAAUUGAACGUCAACGCAUGGACUAUGCUCACUGUCUUCCAGGCUUCGACUCAGGAACCUGCUGGAAAACUACAGCCCCUGACCGUCUGGUUCUCGGAGAUACUGCGACUGACGAUCAUGCAAUACCGGCUCGCCAGAUCUGAGGCCGAGCAUGACUUCCAUCAUGCAAGAGGCAUGGGAGCAGAUAUUGGCGAAGCGUUCUUGCACGGUACCAUUGCCAACAACCAACUGCAAAUUGCAACAACCCUCGCUACUGCCCUCGCUGGACUCAAGAGAGCAGUCAGUGCAGCUUCCAGCGUUGUUGUGAUGCAGAAGCUAAUGCAAGAUACCAACUUCUGGACGAUUUUUGAGCUUUUCGAUACCUCACAGCGCCGCUUGCUUAGUACAGUGAAGGAAGCCCUGCAUGUCAUUGACGCCGCCUUUGACACUGCGCAUCGACUGGCCGCAUCAGGAGAGAGUCAGAUCACUAGCAACGACAGUCAAGACUUCGGAGACUUUAGUGCUCUCGAUGAACUUGUCGGGGCUGAUGAGGCAGAUUCGUCAUUGCCUGCAACAACCGCCAGAGAUCUUCAGGCACACGUCGGCUCUUUCUUGUCAAACAUUUUCGGCGCAGACGUGCCCCCUGACGAUACGCUUCUGGAGCACGUCGUUCGCAUCUGGAUUCGCAUGGGCAGGGAUCUGGUCAGCAAUGGCGAAAAGAGCUGGCUGAGUUACGUUGAUGACUACUCGCCCAACAGCUGGACACAAAUGCGCGACACGAAGCAAAAGCGGAAGUUCACGCCGUACUACAUGUCGCGCAUUGUAGAGCAGCCGAACGUCGAUGAUGCCGCGCUCGAAAGCAUCAUCACAAGCUGGCUGUUGUCCCUCGUAGAACGAGAGGCAUUACUCAAGUUUCAGCAUAGCUUAACGAGCGCACUCCUGAACCGCUGUGAAUCCGAGUUGUUGCUACAGAAUCUCCCCUUUGCCAGAGACGUUCGAAGUGGGCGGUAUAUCAUCUCGUUGGAGGACCUACGGCAGCGGCGACUGACUUUGAUCUCAUCAACCUUAAACAACAUGCGGCGUGCUUUAACGCGGGUCAGACACAAUGUUCCUACCCAGGCACAAUGUGUCCGGACCCGAUACACAGAGAUGCUUCGUCGCUUGAUGCAGACCAUGAAACACAAUUACCAGGAGUUGCAGGCUAAUGGUAGCGCUGAUGUCGCAGAGGGCAGCGUACAAGGUGCCUACGUGGAGUUUGUUCAACAGGUGGUCUCAUUCUUGCAACAGCACACUGCCGACUUUUGUCCUGUGGACAAGUUCUUCACCGACUCGAGUGCUUUCCCUCUUCCAGCAGCGGAUCCGACAUAUGUGGUCGGCAAGCUCAAGGGCUACGCUCUAAAGCUCGCUGAAUCUGGCCCGCGAAGAGAGUUGACAAUGUUUAUGCAGUCCGUCAUCGAACGCGCCGUGGUGGAUCGACAACAGCAAUAUCUCGUCAGUCAGAUAGCGACAGCCAUGUCUGACGAGCCCGAGACGGGCGACAGCAGUGCGCCAACGCUACGAUAUGUGCUGCUGACAAGCAUAUUUCCAGCGUACUUCGAUAUAGCUCUCAGCUCGCCACCUGGAUGGAUGCUCUCACUCCCGCUACUGCAGGCUUGCGAACUCGUCGUUCGAGAUGUGCUAUACAACUUUGAUAUCGACUCUGACUCCAGCCUGAAAGCUACGGUCGCUACCUUGACAGCUAUCUUGCGAAGCUUCAAAGGCCAGUGCGAUACUGUCCUUUCACGGAACGACCUCGAUGGACAGCCAUCGGCUUUAUGUGUCAUCUCCGCUAUCUACUCUGUCUGCUCGGCCGCAUUGCCAAUCAUCACCUGCAUUCAAAGGCUUUCAUCAUAUGGCAAAGACCUCCUGAAGCUCAUUCGAGCACUGUAUGCACAGUGCGAUGAGCUCAAGGAUCACCUCGAAGGCGCGAUGUCACUGGACGAAACGAAUAGGACGCAUCUAGACACACCGAGUCCGUGCCCCUGGCCUGACACAAAAGCUUUCGCCGAAAGACAAGUCCAAGAGUCCGCAAACUCCUGGUAUGUUGCAGAGGGCAAACAUUACGUCAGGAGAGGGAAUCUUUCCAGAGAGGUGGAGGUACAGCUCGGAAGCGCCGAAGAGGAGGAAGCAGCUAUGUUGCAGGCUAUCGCUGCUUUCCAAAGGGCUUACGAAGCAACUUUCAGUGGGGGAAGGGUCAGGAGACAACAGAUUGCCAGGCAGGAUGCAAGUGGACUGGCGGACCUGAUUAUCUGAACGUCAACUUUGUGUACAGUGUAUAGCGUUCCGAGCGAUGUGGGAGUGUGAAAUGAAAUCAUUGAGAAUGAGUAUGUUACACUUGCCCUCAGCAGACGAGUCUCGUGAUAUGAACGUGAAAGAGCGACAUUCAGGCGCAUUUGC